UUGCCGCCAGCUGGAUAGCUGGUAUGAAACUGCGACAAACUCGUUGACUGUGACGUUCAUCAGUCGAAGUUUGAACACGUUGGUUAUGACAUCGUAUUGUUUACAUCGUGGAUAAAACUGUCUGACCAGAGUAAUAUAAUUUGGAAUUUUUCAUCAUGUAUGAGAUGUGUCACCCCGUGUUUUAUGAGAUGAGUAAAUUGGGAUGCACUGAUGAUUCGAAGUACACUCUGGCGUUUCAAACAUACAUGGAACUUUGUGAGGUGAAACGACUGUGGGAUGUGAAUUACAAGUAUAACAAGGCCUUAGAUUUGAUCUACCUCGAAGCUCGCGACAGCAAAUCUUCUCCACUGAAUAAAUACAUCCCUUGGCCAGCCAUGAACGCAAUGUCAUUGGAUCGAAUUGAGAUAAUGCAAAAAGAACUGGAAACUGACAGAUUAAUAUUCGUCUUCAAAGAUGGAGAUAGCACAAGUGUUUACUAUACUGUCACUGCAGGACUAGUGAAGCCAUUAUCUCCUGAGCAGAGCAAAGAGUUCAAACGACAUCAGGGGAAAAAAGCAGAAUUGGAAUCAGAAAUAAGAAAAAAUGCUUCCAACCUUUAUGAACUAGCGAUGUCCGUGAAGAGUGAGGCCGAUCCGACGAAUGAAGCGCCAGCUAAAGAUUGAAUAAUACAUUUUGUACAAGUAUCAUGGGAAACUUUAUUGAAAAUGAGAAUGAAUAAAUUUUCUAUGAAAUAAA